UUCCCUUAUCUCCCACCCCUUCUCACCCCUUCUUCCCUAUUUGUAUUGUCUUCCUUUCUUCUUUACACAUAGACAAAAAUAUAUUAAAUCAUUUCUUCUUCCUUCCUUCCAUUGUCGAAUGAAUGAAGCGGCAUUGGAGGUAGAAAAGGAAGAGGUAAAGUAGUUUGAAAAGAGGGGAAAAGAUUUAUAUAUAUAAAAAAACGUAUAUAUAUAUAUAUAUAAUAUAAUAUAAUAUAAAAAUAAGGAGGGGUGGUGAGGAGAGGGCAAGGAUGAGGAGGCCAGCUGCUGUUCUUCUCAUGCCGAAGACUGCCAGAUCUUAGGAUCAGAGGCCGAUCGAAGUCGUCCCGGUUUCACUGAUCCCAGUUCGCCUCGGAUCGGUGAGCCCUUCCUCGAUUCCUCCCCCUCCUUUCUCUGCCACCGAUCUUUCGUUAUCCGAUCGAGACUUGGAGUCUUCGAUUCGAUUCGGAUGGGAUCCUCCAGGGAAGAGAGAAUGGAGUCAGAUCUUGGCAAACUCUUCAUCGGCGGGAUCUCGUGGGAUACGAAUGAAGACCACCUCCGGGAGUACUUCAAGACUUAUGGGGAAGUGGUUGAGGCUCUGAUCAUGAAGGACCGGACCACUGGCCGGGCCCGUGGGUUCGGGUUUGUGGUGUUUGCAGACCCAGCUGUGGCUGAGAGAGUCAUCAUGGAGAAGCACAUGAUUGAUGGCCGGAUGGUGGAGGCAAAAAAAGCUGUUCCCAGGGAUGAUCAGCACAUCCUUAAUAGAAGCAACACUACUAUUUAUGGUUCUUUUGGUCCUGGCCGCACCAAGAAGAUAUUCGUGGGAGGCCUCCCAUCAACUAUAACAGAGAGUGACUUCAAAAAGUACUUUGAUCAGUUUGGGAAUAUCAUUGAUGUUGUCGUGAUGUAUGAUCACAACACUCAGAGGCCAAGGGGUUUUGGAUUCAUCACUUAUGACUCAGAGGAUGCUGUGGAUAAGGUAUUGCUUAAUACCUUUCAUGAGCUAAAUGGUAAGAUGGUUGAGGUCAAGAGAGCUGUUCCUAAAGAAUUGUCCCCGGGGCCCAACAUGCGGUCGCCAGUUGGUGGAUAUAACUAUGGCCUGAAUAGGGUCAGUAGCUUUCUUAAUGGGUAUGGUCAGGGUUACAAUCCAAGCUCAAUAGGUGGCUAUGGAAUGAGAAUAGAUGGUAGAUUGGGACCACCAGCAAGUGCAAAGAAUGGGUUCCCUUCUUUUAGUCCUGAUUUUGGAAUGGGGAUGAAUUUUGAGCCUGGUUUCGGCACAAGUUUUGGAGGAAGUUCAAGAUUCAGCAACAAUCUUGGAUAUGGUCGAGGGUUGAACCCUUAUUAUAGCAGGAAUUCAAGUAGGUACAACCGUUCUAUUGGGUACAGUGGAGGUAGUGGUAAUUCUGGGUCAGUUUUUAGUUCAAUGGCUUGUAAUGUAUGGGGUAAUGGUGGCCUUAACUACACUACAAACUCUGCAAGUUCUAAUGCCUACAUGACCUUAGGAAGCGGGAGUCUCAGUGGCUUUGGCAAUAGUAGCCUGAACUGGGGUGGAUCUUCUUCGCCUAUUUCAUCUGAAGUUGGGGGGGUCGGAACCGGCUAUAAUAGUAGGGGUUCGAGUUAUGGAAAUGGUGAGAAUAGCUUUGGUUUGGCGAGCAGUUUUGGAAGGAGUGGUGGAACUGGAGCUGGUAACACUUCCCUUACUGCAAUAUCCAGUGGAUAUGAAGGAAACUAUGCAGAGCUAUAUGGUGGUAGUUCAGUUUAUGGAGACCCAACUUGGAGAUCGGCAUCCUCGGAAUUUGAUGGUACUGGCCCAUUUGGUUAUGGGCUUGACAAUGUCGCUUCAGAUAUCACAGGCAAGGACUCUAUAGGUUAUAUGGGUGGCUCUAAUGUUACCAGUAGACAGCCAAAUAGAGAAAUGGCUUCAUAUUCAUUAUCAUGACUUCCAUUGACGAGCUAAUUUGAAGGCUCUAUUGGUCCACCUCUGGAACGUGAUGCACAUGAGCAGGUCAUCUCAGAACAUUUUCACCUUUCAUCUAUCCAUGACUAGAUGCAUGGCUAUUGUGCUAGUAAGCCACAAUAUAUAUUGGACAUGAUAGAAAUUACAGAAUGAUGAAUAUAGAUGCAAAAUAAAAAGAGUUUGCUCAAUGCAGCAAGGCUGCUUUUGUUUUCAUAUGGAGUAGAAGGAGAUCUAGCAAUAUGGUGACAAUGGCCAAAGAUAGUAAAAGGAUACUCAUCUAUCCAAUGCCACAUCUGUCCUUUAGGAUUGUCUGAUUGCAUGAGGACUGCUUGUAACCAUAUAUAGUCAACUGGUCAAGCAAUACCAAGCAAGAAUGAUUACCAGAUAUUUAAGUCAUGUAACUAGGAUAUGUGCAUUCUGCAAAACAACAUAUUUCCUGAACUGUUAUGGUAUUCCAAAUGGAAACUAAUUUAUGAAAAUGGUAUUAUUUAUGUUUCAAAUUUUUAUAAUUUAGCUUGUCAAAAUGUAGCAAUGUACAUGUUUUUGAGCAGAUGACAUGGCAUAAGGUAAUAAAAAUGUAAAUUUUGCACAAGAAACUCCACACUGGUUAAUAAUUAUAAUGAUUUCAGAUAAAAGUAUAUUACAGGUGGCAAUGAAGUGUCACCAGGCAUAACAUUUCAUAAUCUAAACUGACGAAGUCCAUUCCUAGUUUGACAUGGUGCAAAAUUUAAGCUUGAGCAAACCUUAGAUCAGUCAAGUUGAUAAAGAUGAGAUGCUACAUAUAACUGCAAAGAGUUUUUCAAUUGUUUUUCAUGUCAGUCAAGUAGAUAAAGAUAAAGAGUUUUUCAAUUGCUUUGACAAGCUUGUUCUAGAAGCCGAGCCCAAGGACUUGGCCAAAUUUCCGGAAGCUAAGCCUAAAGGAUUAGCGGGACUUCUUCGGAGCCUGAGCUCAAGGACUUAGCGAAUUUUUCUAAAGUCUAAACCCGGAGCCUUAACGCGAUUCCUAUCAGAGCUAAGCCUGACAAUCUAGCGAAUGCUACCGGAAUCUAGGUCUAUGGAUUUAGCCGAGAUUGAAGACCUAGAGAAAUUCGUGGGAGAGGAAUUCAACUUAAGCAGCCAAGGUAAAAGUUUACCUACUAUGCAAAAAAGAGACAAGCACAAAUUUAGAAAAAAGCUCUUCAUUGAUAAAGGCCCAAAGGCUAAGUACAAAAUCAAGGUCCGGCCGUACAAUGACUUCAAUGGCCGACCUUGUUUACAAAAAAGAGAGAACAAAGAAAAAGAGGAGGCUAAGCUCUAGGAGGCUGCGGCUUCAUCGGCGCCAACAUCGGGGUCAUCCACAACGAUCACUGGGGGGUCUUCGGCAGGGGUUGGCUCGGGACCCUCCGCGACAGCCUCAGAUAGGGCUUCGCCAGUGGCCUCGGGAACGCCCCCGGCAACUUCCCCAGAAGGAGUAUCUCGAGCUGCUUGCUCGGCCGUGCCGGUCCCGGCCUCGGCGACCUCCUCCUCGGCCUCAAGGGAUGCGGGAAGAUCGAACUCGCUCUCUUCGCCGAUCCCCGACCUAGGCCGAAUACCCCCGAGGUCGAGCUGGGGGCAGAACCUGUGUAUCUGCCUCCAAAAAUUUUCGAAGCCGCGGAGAAACCCAUCCAUGGCCUCCUCCUCCAACAUGUCGCGGAACUCCUCCGACUCCUUGAAGAGUUCCACUGCGUUUUGGGCCUGCUCCAGCGCCCUCUUCUCUCGAGCCUCGAGCUGCUCGACUUUUAGGCGGAGAACCCCGCCCUCGUACUUGUGGCCGGCGACCUCGGCACGGGCUUCGGCCAGACGCGCCUCGGAGGCGCACAACUCUGACCUCACUAAAGUGUGCGCGGCCCUCUCCUCCUCAAGUUGAUCGACUGCCGAUCGCCGCUCGGCUUCGGCAGCCUCCAUCCGCGCGAUGGCCUCUGCCCGUGCGGCCUCAGAGUCGGCGAGCCUUUUCUCGGCCAUCUCCAGUUGCCUCUGGAAUCGCCGAGCCUCAUUCUGGCAUCCAGAGGCUAUGAAUACCAGUGUAUCGAUCUCGUGGAGAUGCUGCAAGAGAAACAACGAUAAGUAAAAGUGGAGGAAAUACCAAUAACCAAAGCAAAAAAAAAAAAGAAAGCGACUUACCCAGGCAGCAUUACAGUACGUCUGAUCGACGAUAUCCCCGAGCUCGAUGGCUUCGAACUCAGCCCGGUCGGCCGGGAGCAACGCGCGGCGAAAUACUGCGCGCGCGACAUCGCUAUCUCGGAGGGCCGAACUGCCCUCACGGAUCGGGGACUCCGGGUCAUUAGACCCCCUCCCGGAGCGAUCUCCGGCCCUUGACGAACUCGGCCCACCCGAACUCACGACAGCGGGGCGGGACAUGCUCGGGACCCCAGGGCCUCUGCUCGGCUCGGGGCUCGAGUGCUGCAGACGGACGAUUGGUCGACUUGCCCGUUGAGAGAUGGGGGCGGGGCAAGCUGGAGGCGCCGAGUCCGAUGCCCCCCCGGAAUCCGAGCUCGCGUGCUCGGUGGCUGGGGCCCUUUUCCGGACAGACCUGGAUGUUCCGGCCCCAGAGCCCCUCGCCUCGGCAGGAGCAAAAGUGGAGGCCGACCUGGCCUUCUUUUUAGGCUUGGGAAGAGCCCCGCCAGCCUCGACUGCCCUCCUCUUCAGUCGGGCGAAAAGGGAUGUAUUGCUUGUCACCAUGUUGGAAAUGUC